UAGGUCAGCUUCCUCGCCCGGGAACCCGUGGAAAGCAGCGGAACGCAGGCGUGCGAGGGCCGCGAGCCGGACGAGCCCGGCCACCGAGGACUGUACGGCAGCGGGGGAGCGGUUUGGCGGGGACACAGGGCCACUCAGAGGCUGCCGAGAUGCUCCCCUCUUUGCAGGAAUCGCUGGAUGGGGAUGAAAAGGAGCUAGAGAGCAGCGAGGAGGGUGGCUCCGCCGAGGAGCGGAGACUCGAGCCGCCGCCCAGCAGCCACUACUGUCUCUACAGCUACCGCGGAAGCAGAUUGGCACAGCAGCGAGGGGACAGUGAUGAUGGAAGCCCAAGUGGCACAAAUGCAGAAACUCCCUCUGGUGAGGAUUUCAGCCUCUCCUUGGCGGAUACUAAUCUUCCAUCUGAAGUGGAGCCGGAGCUGCGCAGUUUCAUUGCUAAGCGUCUCUCGAAGGGAGCGGUCUUUGAAGGGCUGGGGAAUGUUGCAUCUGUGGAGCUGAGAAUUCCAGGUUACCGUGUCGGUUGUUAUUACUGCCUUUUCCAACAUGAAAAACUGCUUCCUGAAACAGCAACAAUGGACUCUGGACAUAACCCUUCAGAGUUUGUGGUCUGUUUUUUAGGAGGGUCUGAGAAAGGACUUGAGCUUUUCAGGCUUGAAUUGGACAAGUACAUUCAAGGGCUGAAAAAUAACAUGAACUGUGAGGAAAGGGGCUUGGAGAACCACAUAAAGUCCUACCUGAACAGCUGGUUUGAGGAUGUUGUGUGCCCAAUCCAAAGGGUUGUUCUUCUCUUUCAGGAGAAGCUUACCUUUCUGCUACACGCCGCUCUGAGUUAUACUCCUGUUGAGGUUAAAGAAUCAGAUGAAAAAACAAAGAGAGACAUUAACAGGUUUCUGAGUGUAGCCAGUCUUCAAGGCCUUAUUCACGAAGGCACCAUGACAUCUUUGUGCAUGGCCAUGACGGAGGAGCAGCACAAGUCUGUGAUCAUCGACUGCAGUAGCUCCCAGCCUCAGUUCUACAAUGCAGGAAGCAACCGGUUUUGUGAGGAUUGGAUGCAGGCUUUUCUGAAUGGUGCUGAAGGAGGUAACCCUUUUCUUUUCCGACAAGUAUUGGAGAACUUUAAACUGAAGGCUAUACAAGACACAAAUAAUUUGAAGAGAUUUAUCCGACAGGCAGAAAUGAAUCAUUAUGCUUUGUUUAAAUGUUACCUGUUCCUAAAGAACUGUGGUAGUGGAGACAUCCUUUUGAAGAUUGUUAAAGUGGAACACGAAGAAAUGCCCGAAGCCAAAAAUGUGGUAGCCGUCCUCGAAGAAUUUAUGAAAGAAACUCUUGCCCAAAGUUUUUGAUCACAUGUUUUGAGAUAAUUACAUCUCUUGCGACGCUGUACAUCCAAACCUUGGUGUUUGAAAUCGCAGUUGUUAUCAUUGUCAUAGGAUUGCUAUUUAAGAUGAUUUGAAACCCAUUCUAGAUUUUUUCAUUUUGUACUUUUAAAAUUUAACUUAAUUAGACAUAUAAAUCUGAAGAAUGUCUUCACUGAGUCCUAGAUAGAUGUGUGUGAGUGUUGUGGGAUUUUAGUACAUUGCUGGUCCCAUAAAUUCUAAACUUCACGGAGUUGUUGCUUAAAAAACUUCAGAGAUAAUUUGUGGCUUCUCUUAGGAGUUUACUGCAGUAUUUAGCAACUUUUCCUCCCAGAAAAAUCAUAAUACUUCUUUCUCAAUGUAUUAUAGCUUCUUUAAAAAAAUGUAUUCCUAGUCUUAGGAUAGAUUAGCACCACGACAUCAUUUCAAAGACAGAUCUGUGCAUCCUGUGGGUGCUUGAUAGAUUUUUUUGUCUGAUUGAUAAUGGCAGGGAUGAUGAAGCCAGCUUUUAAGUCAAUAUGCAAAUAAAUCAUGAGUGUGUAAGAAAUUAAAUGAGCUUUAAAAAUAGAUGCACUGGCUUAAAGAUAAAACAUU